AUGGGUGAUGUUGAAGGUUCUCCAGGAAGCUCAAUGCAUGGAGUAACUGGAAGGGAACAAACAUUUGCUUUCUCAGUAGCUUCCCCAAUUGUCCCAACAGACACAACUGCUAAAUUUUCAUUACCUGUUGACUCUGAGCAUAAAGCCAAAGUUUUCAAGUUAUGGUCUUUAGCCAACCCCCACAUGAGAACCUUCCACCUUUCUUGGAUUUCCUUCUUCACAUGUUUCGUCUCCACCUUCGCCGCCGCCCCUCUCGUCCCCAUCAUUCGCGACAACCUCAACCUCACCAAAGUCGACAUCGGCAACGCUGGUGUCACGUCCGUGUCCGGGAGUAUCUUCUCUCGUCUUGUUAUGGGGGCGGUGUGUGACCUUCUGGGGCCUCGCUAUGGCUGUGCUUUUUUGAUAAUGUUGUCGGCUCCGACCGUGUUUUGUAUGUCGUUUGUGUCCAACGCUGCUGGUUAUAUAGCCGUGAGAUUUAUGAUUGGCUUCUCGCUAGCGACGUUCGUGUCGUGUCAGUAUUGGAUGAGUACAAUGUUCAACAGUCAGAUAAUAGGGCUUGUGAAUGGGACAGCUGCUGGAUGGGGGAAUAUGGGAGGAGGAGCUACUCAGCUCAUUAUGCCUUUGUUGUAUGAUGUGAUUCAAAGAGCUGGUGCUACUCCUUUCACUGCUUGGAGGAUUGCCUUCUUCAUUCCUGGUUUUCUUCAUGUUCUUAUGGGCAUUUUGGUCUUAACUCUUGGCCAGGACUUGCCUGAUGGUAACCUUGGCAGUCUUCAGAAGAAGGGCAAUGUUACCAAAGAUAAAUUCUCCAACGUGCUCUGGUAUGCUGUCACCAAUUAUCGAACUUGGAUCUUCGUCCUCCUCUAUGGCUACUCCAUGGGGGUCGAACUUUCCACUGAUAACGUCAUUGCCGAAUACUUCUACGAUAGGUUCGAUCUAAAGCUACACACGGCGGGAAUUAUUGCAGCAACAUUUGGAAUGGCAAAUCUAGUGGCGAGGCCGUUCGGAGGGUAUGCGUCGGACGUAGCAGCGCGAUACUUUGGGAUGAGAGGAAGGCUGUGGACUCUAUGGAUCCUACAAACAUUUGGGGGAGUGUUUUGCAUGUGGCUUGGGAAAGCAAACAAGUUGCCAACAGCAAUAGUAGCGAUGAUAUUAUUCUCAAUAGGAGCACAGGCAGCAUGUGGAGCAACAUUUGGUAUAAUUCCUUUCAUUUCUAGGCGAUCUUUAGGUAUAAUAUCAGGACUGACAGGAGCAGGAGGCAACUUUGGAAGUGGUUUAACACAGUUAGUGUUCUUCUCAACAACCAAAUACUCAACAGACACAGGGUUGUUUUUUAUGGGAAUAAUGAUUGUUUGUUGCACUCUUCCAGUAACAUUGGUUCAUUUCCCACAAUGGGGAAGCAUGUUCUUACCACCAACUAAACAUGUUGAAAAAUCCACUGAGGAAUUUUAUUAUGGAUCUGAAUGGACUGAAGAUGAAAAGAAGAAAGGUCUGCAUCAACAAAGCAUUAAGUUUGCUGAGAAUAGCAGAUCUGAACGUGGUAGACGUGUGGCUUCAGCUCCAACUCCCCCAAAUACAACUCCUUCCCAUGUUUAAAAUAAAGUAAUUAGAACCUAAUAAUGUUUACUUUGCUUUGUA